CGCGUCAUAUCUCGAAAAAUAGUUUCGAUUGCUGCGUUGAGAUGGCAGCACAAUACAGUUUUUCUGAGAAGAGACAUUUAAAAAGUGCUUAUAAAACUAAUUAAUAAAUAAUAAUGGAACAGUCUUUACAAAAGUGGACACCUUAUGCGAAAGAGUACGAUCCUUUAAAAGCUGGAAGUAUUGAUGGAACUGAUACAGAACCACAUGACAAAGCUGUAAGUCGUGCAAUGCAAGCACAUUAUGAACCACCUCAUGGCCUAAAAUCUAAACCUGAAAGAACGCUGUUUGUUGCUAGAUUUGGUCCAAAGAUAACAGAACAAGAUUUAAAAGAUUACUUUUUUAGAUAUGGUGAAGUUUUAUCGACUAAAAUUAUAGUUGAUAUAGUAACAGGUCAUUCUCAAGGUUACGGUUUUGUUGAAAUGAGAAGCGUUGAUGAAGCACGCAGAGCUGUGAGACGUAGUACAGAUGCUACGAUUAAAGGACAUCAAAUUUUUGUAGAUUUCGAAUGUGGUCGUACUAUGAAGGGUUGGAAACCAAGAAGAUUAGGUGGUGGUUUUGGUGGUAAAAAAGAAUCCGGUCAGUUACGAUUUGGUGGAAAAGACAGACCUUUUAGAAAGUUGAUUUUACCCAAUAUUAUUAAACCAUGACUUAGAUUUGAAUGAUCUUUUCAAGAAAGCAUAAAUUUAGAUACUUAUCAUAGUUAAUUUGCAAUAUUUUGUAUAUAUAUAUAUUUUCUAUAUUUCUA